AUGGAGGUUGCUGUUGAACUAGAAGAUGACCUGUUUUUUGCUGACUUGAGCAAGCAAAUUUCUCUCCUAAUUAUGGAUGAGGAUGAAGACCCCCUUGCUUGUUGUCCUCAACACCAGACGUUUUCUGCAUCAUUCCAUCCUCCUCCACAGUCUGCUAUUCUCUAUGAGCAGGCUUUGCGAAGACAAAGCAAAGGGACAGGGGUGUUUAUCCCUCAAUCCACACAGACUAGGAGGAAGCACAGGAAAGGAAGAUCCAACUCAAACGCAAAACAUCAAAAUCAGUCUCAAGAUACAAGAACGGUUGCUCAAGUUCCUGUAAAAAAAGCUAUUUCAAACCCCAAAAUGGUCGAGGAUAUGUAUAUGUCUGCUCACAAAACUGCUUAA